GUGUCUCGUGCCUUACCUGUACGAAGGAGCGAGCCAGAGCUCUUGGGAAGAUGACUUGAACCAUAGGGUCAGCUCAGGUCUGGAGAUGGGCAUGGCCUGGGGCCACCUCAAGUUCGGAGACGUGGUGAUCCUAGUGGUAGGCCUGGAGAAGGGUUCAGGGAACACCAACUCUAUCCAGAUCAUCACCUGCCCUCACGGAAAGCACGACGGCUGAGGAGGGGACAAGAUGGAGGAGGGGAUGGCGCCAUCUUACGGAAUAGAGAUGAGAGUGUCUUCGUAGUAUUAAGGGAGGCUCGUAGUAUUAGGGCAGGGGGUUACGAUUUCAUGUUCUAUUCAAGACAGUUUUAAUAAAGGCUGGAUAUGUGCGAUGGGAAGACAGUUAUGCACUCAAAAUAUUAUAUUCUGGGAUCAUAUUUCUUAUUUGAUGCAAAAUACAACUUGGUUUACACUUGCUCGUCAACAUUUACACAGACCAGACCUGACGCUGGCAUCGGUGUCCUUUAAAAAGAUCAUCUUCACGCGUUCACUUUUCUCUUGGCUGAAUUCUGGAUUCUCUAUGAAGAAAAGUUUUGAUCUCCUGGCAAAGCAUUCAAAUACGAUUAAUAUUGGAAAAAUCACAAUUUUUGAUUGAGACAGUCCCGGCGCCGGACUGCAGGAGGACAUAAUAUUAUGUUUUUAAGGUAACCAGAACCUGCAUUUGGCAGCUUCCAUGGCAUCCAGUUGUUCUAUCCUUAUGCUUUCAACACAAUAGCUAACAAGACGCAGGAUUUGAAAAUGAAAGUAUAACAUUCAAACCUCUGCUUGUUAUCUCUUCGGGUUGAUUAUAUUAUACUUGAACACAUUAUGCCUAGUGAACAAGCCAUUUUGCCUAAAAUAUAAAUCCAUUAGAAAUGUCUAUAACCGAAUAAACGAGAGGAAUUAA